AUUGAUCUCCUCUACACUCCCUGCUGACCGGAGAAAACAUUUGAUAGCGAACCCAAGAAGGGGAAUUAAUUAGCCCGACAAAACGUUCAUAUUUCCCCCAUUUCGGUGCCCUUGGACGAGCGCGGCCCACCCAGAAGCACCGUUUGUCGGCCUUACGUCGACAUAACACGGCGUUUUGUGUCCACUUAACGUCGCCACGGUUGGACUUGUUUUCCCCAUCGCAGCCCGCUUCCUGUUAGCUUGUGCUAGCUUAGGGGAACCGACAUUAUGCUAAUGAACGCGCCAGUAUAGUUUGCCAUCGCAAAGGGGUGGAACGGCACCGCGAUCGGCCAACCAUGGACCCCCCGAGGACACGCUCACGGUCUCGGUCUGGCUUCUAUCAUUUUGCCGUGAGCAACCCCGCUGGAGGUAACGGCGGCGGUAACGCGCUCGGUAAUGGGAGCAUGAUGAACGCCGAAGGAGGAGGAGGAAUGAGCUUCCCGCAGCAAAGCAACGCCGGUUGGGCACCGCAUCACGUCGGCCGCGGCGGCUAUCCGGAGAACCACCAGCAGCAGCAGCAGCAGCAACCGGGCACUUACCUGCCCGCAGGGGCGCAGCGUCACGGAGCUCACCGGCACCCUGGAAACGGAGGAGUGCUACACUUUCAUCCAGAUAAUGUGUUCAAUGAGGAUCGAGACAAAAUGGAAGAUUGCCCUAGCCCAAAAAGACAGCGUCUUUCUCAGCAGUCCAUUUUAGAUCUAAGCUCCGCGCCUUCCUCUACCCCUUCCUCCCCCAUUCGUCCCUGGGAGCUCACCCCCAGUCGCAGGCCGCAUGCCCACUAUGCACCAGAGAGAUGUCACACACCUGUCCGCAAUCGAAGAAGCCCGCCAAUGCGACGCCCUCGUGGCCGCAGAGACCGCCUGACACGUCAUCACCACACACACAACCACCACCACCAUUACAACAACAACAGCCAUCACCACCCCAACAAUCACCCUCACCACCACCACCACCAUCAUCACCACCUGCACUCCCACCAUGGGCUGUCCUCUGGCCACCAAGACGAGAACUACCGUCACUCAGCCCACCCUCAGGGGUACCUGCCCUAUGGCCAGCAGCCCCAUAGAGGGCCCGGGUCCGGCAUGGAAGAGCGCCAAGUUUACCACCCCCCAAACCCCUCCCCGAGACCCCUUCAUCCGUCCUCAAACUUGUCUCCUCGACUGCUGCACCCUGCGGCGCACCCACACCCAUCGCAGCCACAGAGUAGCGGGGUGUUGGACCUUCAGGAACAGGGUUCAGCUCCGGUAACAUAUCCCGUGUCCCCCCCGGGGCCUCCGCCUGGUCUACCGCCUCGUUCAGCCCCGCAGCAAAUCCCAGCAUGCUCGGUCGUCUUCAGUGGACAGCACUAUCCCGUCUGCAGUGUCGCUCCUCCUGUCCUGCAGACUUGCUCUGUGCAGCACCUACCCAUGCCCUACCCGUUCCCUCCCCUGCUAUCCGGUGACCAAGCCUUUCUCCUCCCCCCACCUCCUCACCUCCCUCAUCCUCCCACGCACCUUUCCCACCAUCCACCUCACCUGCCGCAGCCUGGACAGUUUGGACCCUACACGACACAGCAGGCCCGUUCACCUUUACAGAGGAUAGAAAAUGACGUGGAGCUGUUGGGAGAGCAUCUGUCUUUGGGUGCAGGACUUCACUACCCUCCUGGCACCCAUCCAGCCCUCACCCCACACUCCACACAGCUCCAUUUCCUCUCCCAUGAGCCCAUGCCCCAGGAGUUCUUUGGAGUGUCCUACCCAAACUUAAUCCCCCGUCGCCUCGCGGGCCGAAGGUACCGCUCGCAACAGCCGCUGCCGCCUUCGCCUUAUCACCCCAGCCUCCUGCCUUACUUCCUAUCAAUGCUCCCUGUCCAGCCAACUGGCCCUGCAAUCAGUCUUGAGUUGGAUGUCGAUGAUGGAGAAGUGGAAAAUUAUGAGGCUCUCCUCAAUCUUGCCGAGCGUCUUGGGGAGGCCAAACUCAGAGGACUUACCAAGGGAGACAUUGAGCAGCUUCCUUCCUAUCGCUUCAACCCAAAUAACCAUCAAUCUGAACAAACACUGUGUGUGGUGUGUAUGAGUGAUUUUGAGUCCCGCCAACUGCUCCGAGUUCUGCCCUGCAGCCACGAAUUCCACGGCAAGUGUGUCGAUAAAUGGCUGAGGGCCAACCGGACGUGUCCCAUUUGCAGGGCUGACGCCUCCGAGGUCCAGAGAGAUUCUGAGUGAUCACAUGACACAUGCUACAAUACAAAUGAGACAUUUUCAGCACUGCCUGCUCUGCCUCUUUCUCAUCUGUUACAUACAUGUACAUGAUUGUAUAUGCACAGACAGACACAGUUUCCUUCAUUAUUUCUAUUUAAGUUGUGUGUGCCCAAUGUUUGUUCUUAUUUCUUUUUGAACGGCACAACCUUCCUACUUAAUUACUCUGUGUUGAUGUGUGCACCAUAAGAGUUCACGUGUAUUUUGGUCAGCUUUAUUUAGCAAGCCUCUAAAAGAGGAUUGUGUGUGAGAUUUUUGUGGACAUUUGAGCAUGAACGUGCAGGUCUGCAUGUGUGCCGAAUGUAUGUGUCAGAGUAAAGACAGGACAACUUCUCAUGAGUGAUUGGUAAUAUUCCAUUUGUAUGUUCCUGCACUGUGGGUCUUUAUGUAUAAUAUAACAAUGUGUAUGAAGAAAUUCCUUUUUAUUUAGUUUGACUUCAAGGGUCCAUGGUGCCACUAUUUAAUCAUUGUUUUUUUUUUGUUUUUUUUGAUGGUCCUCAUGAAUUAGUGGUUAUAUUGACCAUAAUGAGUGACUGUUCUGCCUGGCAUUUUACCUCAUUCUUGUCUCCACUUAUUACAAGAGCUUCACAGCACUAAAAGUAAGCACAUAUUAUGCAUUUUUCCCCUUUUUUCUUUGUUUGAAUGUUUGUGACUUUGCAGUGGCACAUGUUAUAUAGAUAUAUCUCACUAUAUAAAUAUGUAUACUGUAUAAUAUCUGUAUACCAAAUAAAAGGCUUGAUAAGAAGUUUUUAAACUUG